AUGGCCUCUUCCAUCCAGAUGGCCAUCCGUGAGGAUUAUGGAGUGCAGUGCGCCAGCGCAGUGAGCACACCGAUGAACUCUGCUCGCAGAGCGGCGCGCGCGAUGGGGAGCGAGGUCCUUCUUGCCGAGGAAGCCGCUGGCAACGAGCCGAGGGCGUCGCAGCUCAGGUUGGCUGCAACAAUGCUGCCUGGCUGCCCCCAUCUUGGUGCUGUACGACCCCGUGAUGUCCCGCACGAAUUGCUCGAAUUUGACAACAACGUUGCUUCAUGGCGUCGUCCACAUCUCAUUCCUCGGCGCCAUUUGCUGGACCGCGUGCAGCGGCGAGAACUGGUCAAGUGUUAUAUCGUUUGCCUCGUCAAUUGA